AUGGAUCAAGCAUCAUCCGGAGUCUCCACUCCGAUCAAAAAGAGCAAGAGCGACCUAAAGCCACUGAAAGCACUAAGAAAAUUCCUGCGGAAAUGUCGUGUCAGUCCAGAAAACCAGAUCGACUUCGAGGAGGUCCUCAACGUCGUUCUAGAGCCAACUUACUUUGAGCAUCAAGCCCUCGCCGUCAACCCUGGCAGCAGCCCACCUCAACUCCCACUCGACGACGAAAUUGGCGACGGCUUUCAUCCUUCUCCCGCACCUCAUAUCCUAGAGGCACCCGAAGAUGAUGAAGUCUCGGAGUACGAUGAACAAUCUGAAUCACGUCGAAAACGCCAAAGAAUCGCCCAGAACGUGAAAACCUAUGAUGACCUCGACUCAGACUCCGGAUCUGAGUUUGAGUCCGGUACCAGACACAAAAACCGAACCCAAACCCCGGGCCUUUCGAAGAGACGCCGUCGUACAGCGUUGAACGAGGCUGGUAUACAGAGCUUGGUGGAUUUGGUGUCAUGGAAAGAACAAGAGAGAAGUCCUGCUAUGCGGAGGUUGCGGAGGAAGAUUCUGCUACGGAAGCGCAAGGCCUCUCUACCAAAUCCAACACCACCGUUCUCAAUCGAGACGAUCCUCCGGCGUAUGUUCAGAGCUCAGCCAUUCAUAUCUCCCUUCGACCUCCCCGCCGCCGUUCGCGAGACGUUCGAGAGCGGAGUUCACCCCACCCCACACUCACAAGAACGCAUCGAUGAAUGCCACGCCAUCACGCGAACACCCUACGAAAACUCCUUCCUCUCGCGUCUCCACGGCAUCAGUCGCCCGCGGGGGUCACUAAUCCUCCGCGACACAACCUCCACCCCACCCCAGCUCUUCCACCUCCAAGAACUCCUACUCCGCACAAACCCCACACCCUCAGUUCCCAUCCCCCCACCCUCCCCAAUCGAUUACCUCCCCUUCUCCCGCGCGCACCUCUCCCAAGCCAACGCACUCCUCCAAUCCCUCUUCUGGCCCGGCAUCGAAUUAACAGAUUACCUCUCCCUCGACUCCGGCAUAGGCGUGGUAGCCCUCUACCGCUCCCUCCUAGUCGGCUGCGCAUUCGCGACCCCCGAGGGGUACAUAUCCUACGUCGGAACCCGCCCCAACUGGGACCGAGCCGGAAUCGGAAAAUUCAUGGUAUGGUAUUUAGUUGAGAGAUUGGGGAAGGAGGUGGGCGUGGAUGUUACGUUGCAUGUUAGAGCGGAUAAUCCGGCGAUGGUGAUGUAUCAAAGGUUUGGGUUUAAGCCAGAAGCUUUUAUUGUGGAUUUUUAUGAUAAGUUUGUGGAGGAGGGGAGUGAUGUGUGUAAGAAUGCGAUGUUGCUACGGUUGAGGAGAUAG